AUUGCGGAAUAUGAUAAUUUUAACGUGGUGUGGUUAAACCAAGUUUAAUUGUGGUUUUAAUUGAUAAGUUCUUAUCGGAGGAAUUUUUACGUUGUUAUCUUAUUCUCCAAUUCGUUACACACAGGUUCGAAUCAAGGUGUGUUCAUAUUAACGGACGGGAGUUGGCUGGGUUAUCCAAAUUCUUGGAACUUAUCAGUUGGAUAAUUUGUUCCUAUAGACCGUAUCGAUCGCUCAAUUAAAAUAAGAUGACAAUGGGGGAUAACGGAAAUGGACCUCUUGCUCCCCUCGUCCCUUUGGCGUAUCCAUUGCUUCUCCGUCCAGUUGUUAGUCAGAUGGCGAAAUCAGACCCAGCAGCAUCUGUUCUUCGAAGCGCUUUAUCUGCUGCGGAAGCAUCCUGUCCAGGGAUAAGUUUGGAACUUACGAUGGCCAUAAUUAAGAAGUCAGAGUUGAAUGUGAGUCUAAAUGAAGCAAUUUUGAGACUUCAGGGAACCCCGGAUGAGGCAGAAGCGUCAGAGUUCAGAACAACCAAAAAUGAUGAAGCAUUCCGCGAAUUAAGUAAGAAAUCGGCACAGUUGAAACGCAUAUUAAGUCGCAUUCCGGAUGAAAUUAAAGAUCGUAAAACAUUCCUUGAGACAAUCAAGGAGAUUGCAAGUACAAUAAAAAAGGUGCUGGACGCAGUGGCUGCGGUUUCAGUCCAAGUGUCUAAUCCAAACGCUAGAGCUUUACUGGAGCAGCGGAAACGCGAGUUUGUUAAGUAUUCCAAGCGUUUCUCUACAACACUUAAAGAAUAUUUCAGGGAUGGAAUGGAGACUCCAGUCUACUUGAGUGCAUUAUAUUUGAUUAAUCAAACAAACUUAAUUAUGCUGACUGUGAAGGACCGCUGUGAAUGAAUUCGAAUUCCAAGAGGUGAUUAAUGAAGAAUAAGCAACCAAAAAGUGCUGAAAAGAUGUGUAGUUACUACAUUUACAUAUUAGAAAUAUAACGACGCAUUCAAAUUUUAAAUUACCUCAGAGUACAUAUAAAUCAAACAAAUCUAUUCUAUAGUGAAGAUUCCUUAUAACCUAACGGUAAAAAAUGUGCGUAAUUAUAGGGGUCAUAAAAAUACGUAUAAUACUUACCACCAUAUCGAUCGUCGCUACUAAUAAAUAUCUUGUCUAGUAAAUUUAGUAGGACUAGGAUUACCAUUUUUUAACAAACAUUAUUAAAUUGAUUGAUACUUUAAUUUGAUUGUCGUCAUUAUUUUUAAAGAGAUGGAAAUGUACUUGUAAUGAUUCCGUCAAUUUUAUCAUUUUAAAUGAAACAGCAGCAGAAACAUUACGAUGAGUCGUAGUUGCUUUAUAUACAUAUAUAAAUACAUAUAUUUAUUAUUUAUUACAUGACAAAUAACAUCAUGACGCAGACUUUAACUUAAACUCUGACUAUAAAAAAUCCGACAAUUUUUAAAACCAUUUAACAAACUCUCUGUGAUUCAAAUUAAUAUUUUAAAAUUGUGAAAUAUGUUAUUCAUUUG